UCCGAACUCGUGAACGGCGAGAAAAGAAAGGAGGAAGCCCGGUUGGAUCAGAACCACUAGUUCUCCGCGCCGAGUGGGCCGCUCCGCCGCCGCCACGGUUCCGGUGGCGCUCCCGGUGGAUCUGCGCUGUCAGCAAGAGGAGAUGAAGAUGAUGAAGAGGAGGAGAGGCGUCCCGCGAAGAUGCUGAGCCGCCGCCGCCGAGGCCUUUCCGGUCCGCUGCUGGUGCUGCUCGGGGCGGCGGGCUGCCUCUUCUACCGGAGCCUCCCCGGCCAGCGUGCUCCGUCCGGCCCGCAGCGAGCCGCCCAGGAGCCGCCGGACCUCCUGACCGAGGACACGCGGAAGCUGGUCCAAGUCCUGGAGGGGCUGCGGAUGUCCCGCAGGAUAAGUGGGCGGCGCCGGGCCUUGGUUCUGAUGGGUCCCCACGGACACGCCGACACCGAGGCCCAGCUGUACCGCAGAGUUCUGCGCGACUUGGACUUUGAGAUCCACGAGUCCACCUGCCCGGAGACCAGCGGCUUUCUGCGGCACGGUCAAGCAGCCAGAAGGUUCCAGACCACACGUGUACGCCAUAACGUGCUCCUCAAGUCAAUCGGUGACGAGAGGAAGAGGAUGUUGAUGUUUAUCUACCAAACCACCACAGACCAUGACUUCCUGUGUGUCGCCAUGGUUAUAGGGGAAAGUGGGUGGAGCCUGCUGCUGUGUUUGAGCUCGUCGGAGAAGAGCUGUCUGCGGAAGGUCGCUUUCUCGCACCUCGGGUCACAUCAGAGGGUCAACCUGCGGCCCGGCCUGGUGGAGGCGCUGUCCGUGUCGGAGCUGUGUCAGCUGACAGUGCCUGGAUUACCCAUCAUGCCUCCUGCUUGUGGCCCCGCCCACCAGAACCAGACCUCCCCCCGGGGCCUCGUCAGAGCCGCCAGUGCGUCGUCCGCCAUGGAAGCCGGCCCGGUGGGCGUGGUCAACACGUACGUCGUAGUGACCUCCGUGAGGCCGCUGACCGCCUUCCUGCAUGACAUUGCCGUGGUGACAGCCAAUCAGAUGUCGAGGGCCACACGGCUCGGCGGCUUCCUCUCAGCCAAGACUUCCCAAGAGGCUUUGGAGCAAACCAAGGGGGUCAUAGGUCAGGUGCUGGAGGCGGCGGUGUCGGCCAGUGGCGAGGCCGAAAAGCCGACCAGGUGCGUCUUGUGUUACCAGCUGCUCACCUUCACGCUGCUCUUCAGCGGCUCCAUCACGCCGCUCGUCACUCAGGUGCCACCUUCUCCACUUCCUGUUCCCGUUGAAGUUCACCAGAAGGUCCAGCAGAGACAGGUCACCAGAGACCUGAUCCUGGAGGACACGCUUCGCUUCCUGUUGUCCUCGGAGACGCAGCCGGACGAUGAGCAGCGUGUCUUCGCAGAGGCGAGUGGCGUCAGGAUGCCUGCGGACCAGUUUCUACUUCUGCGGGACUUUCACGGUCACAUGAUGGCGCCGUCCCCCUUCCAGCCGGUCUGUCCCAGCGUGUCCAGGUCCUGCGCCGCAACCCGUCUGUCUGACGUGCUGCUCGCCGUGGUUCGCCAUUACGUCGUCGGCAGGGACGACCAAUCACAGGCCUCGGCCAAUCGGACCGCAGGUUCAUGCGUGGACGCCCGCCUCCGACAGAUCUACUCCGACCCCCCCUUCACGCUCAGCCCCCCCUUCAGCCCCAACGUGAAGGAGUACCACGCAGACGUGACCUUUGACACGCUGACCAUUCAAGUCCGCGCAGAGCCCGCCGACGCCGGCUGCGGCGUCCGCCUGGACGAGCGGCGAGGGCCCAGGGUGUCCACCGUCUCCGUCGGCCUGGGACGCAACCGCAUCAGCAUCCUGGUGACGGACGGCGGCGAGACAGUGGUGGCCGUCUACACUGUUCACGUGUUCCGCGAGGGCCGGCCCAGCCUGCCCAUGUUUGGAGAUCAUGUGACCUGCGGCUACGUACAGGAUUGUGGACUUAGGGUUCUUCCGGGUCGUUCCUGUGGUCUGGAACCAUUUUCCAGACCGCCCGGCCCACUUCCUGCCUGCACGUCCGGACACGCCGCAGGUCGCUGGCUGGUUCCGUGUCUCGGCUGUUCCGACACCAGGACCUGUGAUUGGCGGGAGGUUGCCUGGCAACCAGACGGCUGUUCCCAUCCGGUGGUGGAGCGCCCCCUGCUGCAGGAGUGUAUGACACAUAGGAAGGUGUUAUUCCUCGGGGACUCGACCAAUCGGGGCAUGAUGUACUUCCUGUUGGAGCGGCUCAACUCCAGCUUGGUGGACUGGGUAAAGUCCCAUGACACGCUGGUCUACAAGAACCUGAACCACGGCCGCACGUGGGUCAGCUUCUCGUAUUAUCCUCAGUUCUGGUUGGACCACAAGCAGCGGCCCACCUUCAAGCAGGCGCUGACCCGGCUGCUCCGCAGGUCAGGACCUCUGACGAACUCCAACUUGACCGUGUUGGUGGUGGGCGGAGUCCAGUGGCUCAACACCAAGCACCUGCAGGCGGUCCGCGACGUCCUGGACAGAGAGUCCCUCGGUGGAGUCCAAGUGGUGGUCAAGUCUUUGGGGAUGGGCUUCCAUCUUCCCGUGGACGGGAUCCGAUCUCGCAGUCCGAAGGAGAUCCAGCAGCUGUCCCGAGAGAACCAGGACAUCAUCUCCGCAGCAAAGCAUCAUGCCUUCGAGGUGAUUGACACCUUGGCCAUCACCGUGGGUCGGUACCAGGACUUCCUGCCGGGCCGAUGCGCGUGCCACUUCCACCAGGUGGACAAGUUCCGGACCGAUCCGGCCCCCCGCACGACCCAACGUGGCAGCCGGCCGGACGCCAUGGACCCGCCCUCAAGGGUGGGAUCCUAUCACGUGACAGGAGCCGUCAACCAAGUGUACACUGACAUCCUGCUCAGUCGCCUGUGUCCGAGGACCUAAACUCACCGAGAACAUCCAGAACGGUAGACCCGUGGGCCGAGACCAUCUAGUACAUAGGACCUGGUCCCAUGGACCCAGACCGUCUAGAAUAGUGACAGACAUACAGUUAUGGAUCAUCACCAACACUGACCUAGAAAUAGAUCUAGUAGACACCUGAGCCUAGAAUAUCCACAUAGACCAAGACUCACCGAGAAACAAGUAGACAUGGACCUGGACUCAUGUAGCUCCAUCAUCAGGCCUCUGGCAGUGUGCCAUGGCUGCAGAGCUGGGACGCGGGAAGACGGUCAUUCUACGUUGUGGAAAGAUCCUCAGCGUUACCCAACGUCCGGCGCAGAUCCCGCGGGCCGUCCGUCAAGACAGGGGCCGGUCCUGGACCCAAAUGAGGCCUGGUCUCCUUCCGUUUAGACUUUGCCAGGAGCAUCAAACCCGGGACUUUGAAAGACGGAACCUUGACGGUCCAGAUGGCUUCCAACGUCGGCGCCGUGACAAGGAGAUCCCACCUGGAUCUGGGACCACAUUCUACUAGCUAGUUCCGAUCAGAGGAAGUGGAAAAUACUCACUGUACACCGUGCACCGUGUGGUAUAUACUCUACCUAUACUGCACUCUUCUUUCUAGCUUGUGUUUUCUAACUUGUAAUACAUAUAUAGUAUAUAGUAUAUAGUAUAUACUUAUACUGUAAUACAGGCUCAGGCAAAACCAUCAGACACAUUUGUAGGUGAAAUAGAAGGCAAAGAAAGUAAAGAAAGUAAAGAAAGGAUGUGUUUUUCAUACGACGCCAUCGGUUUUGCUUUCUUUUUCAGUUGCCAUCCAUCAAUUGGACUUACUUUUGCUUUCUUGACUUCAUUUGGCUUUUAUGGAAGCUACCAAUGUCAUUGAGAUGAUGGUUUAGCCCGACCUCCACCUGCGGGUGGAAGGAUGUGUAUGACUGAUGUAUAUGACCCAUGUAUUUGCUGUAUAAAAGUACAUUAUACAAGUACAUUAUAAAA